AUGUGCUGGCUGCUGGUGCCCUGAGAGGCCCUGCACCACAUGGCAAUGACCAGGGCCACUCACGGCAAUGAGACAGCUAGCGCCUACCUGGCCCGGCACUGGCUGUGGGUCCCAGGGGAGGUGCAGAGACUCAGCUUCUCCACCAUACCUGUGCUACUGGCCAACCCGGUGGCCUCAGCCGCCUGCUGCCGCUACGUGGGCCAUGACCUCAGUCAUGCCUUCACCGGGUCCUUCCUAAAUGCCAGGGCCAACGCAGAUGACCCACACGAGGUGUCAAGGGCCAGAGACCUGAACCAGCUGCUGGGGCCCAAGGCCUCGGCCGGCCUUCUACUUAUCCCAGACCUUCACAACACCACGGCCUCACCUGGAAGACACAGAGCCAGUUGGCAUCUCAGCAGACACCCUGUUGCAUUGAUCGAGGAAGUGAAGGAGCAAAUGUUCAGCAGUGAGGACGUGCGCUAUGAGGGGGAGUCCACCAUGGACGCUGUGUUCAUCAACGAGCUUGCCUACUACGAGGAGGGCAUUGCCUUCCUCCAGACUGAGAAGCUCACGUUCCCGUGCCUGCCCUGCCCGCACUGGCCUCCACCCUGCCAGGGUCCCUGA